GGGUUAAGGCACCUGGGCCGCCGCCGCCCCAGCCGGCCCCUCCUCCCGCCGCCGGGAAGAGGAAAGUCGCGGCGGGGGCGCGGCCCGGCCUCCGCCCCCGUCCGCCCGCCCGCCCGCCCGCCGGCCGUCCAGAGCCGCGGCCCCAGAGCUGCGAGCCGCGCGCCCCGCUCCGCCGCCGGCCCGGGCCGCCAUGUCUCUGUGGAAGAAAACCAUCUACAGGAGUGUGUGCCUGGCCCUGGCCCUGCUCGUGGCCGUGACCGUGUUCCAGCGCAGUCUGACCCCCAGUCAGUUUCUGCAGGAGCCCCCGCCUCCCACCCCGGAGCCACAGAAGGCCAGCGGACAGUUGCUGAACUCCAACAGCUUCUGGAAGAAUGAGAAGAUUGUGGCCACCCCCACUCCCACGGCCUCUCGGGGUCCCCAGGCCUGGGACGUGACCACCACUAACUGCUCAGCCAACAUCAACUUGACCCACCAGCCCUGGUUCCAGGUCAUGGAGCCGCAAUUCCGGCAGUUUCUCCUGUAUCGCCACUGCCGAUACUUCCCCAUGCUGCUGAACCACCCAGAGAAGUGCAGGGACGAUGUCUACCUGCUGGUGGUUGUCAAGUCAGUCAUCACACAGCACGACCGCCGAGAGGCCAUCCGCCAGACCUGGGGCCGUGAGCAGGAGUCAGCAGGCACUGGCCGGGGCGCCGUGCGCACGCUGUUCCUGCUGGGCACGGCCUCCAAGCAGGAGGAGCGGACCCACUACCAGCAGCUGCUGGCCUACGAGGACCGCCUCUACGGCGACAUCCUGCAGUGGGACUUUCUCGACACCUUCUUCAACUUGACCCUCAAGGAGAUCCACUUCCUCAAGUGGCUUGACAUCUACUGCCCCAACGUGCCCUUCAUCUUCAAAGGCGACGAUGACGUCUUCGUCAACCCCACCAACCUGCUCGAAUUUCUGGCUGACCGGCAGCCACAGGAAAACCUGUUCGUGGGCGAUGUCCUGCAGCACGCUCGGCCCAUCCGCAGGAAGGACAACAAAUACUACAUCCCCGGGGCCCUGUACAGCAAGGCCAGCUACCCGCCCUAUGCAGGUGGAGGUGGCUUCCUCAUGGCCGGCGGCCUGGCCCGGCGCCUGCACCACGCCUGUGACGCCAUAGAGCUCUACCCCAUCGACGAUGUCUUCCUGGGUAUGUGCCUGGAGGUGCUGGGCGUGCAGCCCACGGCCCACGAGGGCUUCAAGACUUUCGGCAUCUCUCGGAACCGCAACAGCCGCAUGAACAAGGAGCCGUGCUUUUUCCGCUCCAUGCUCGUCGUGCACAAGCUGAUGCCCCCCGAGCUGCUGGCCAUGUGGGAGCUGGUGCACAGCAACCUCACCUGCUCCCGCAAGCUCCAGGUACUCUGACACCAGCCGGGCCACCAGGACAGGCCAGGGCAUGUCACGCACUUUUGAGUCCCCAGGGUAUCAGGGCUGAAGCCGCAGUGCCCAGGCAUAGCCUUUGGUCCCUGUGGGGAGGUGGAGGGGUUCGGGCCUACGUGCCACUGGGUGUGGUAGGGUACAGGUAGCCAAAGGGAGACCUCCCUGUGCAGAUAAUUUCCAGAAAGCGAGGCCCAGGAACGAUUGGAGCUGCCAGUCUGGAGGUCCCCCGAGGAGUGAGGACAUAGGCCCUGGCAGCCGUCCUGACCUGGGUCUGUUGCCUGGCUCCCUCUGACCCAGUGUGAGGCCCUGGUGGCCUCUGAAGGAACCCUGUGCUCAGGUACCCAGGCUAGGCCCGUCCCCAGGGGUCUGGGGCUGCCCUUGUCUUCACAGGGAAGAAUCUUCCUCUGAGAAAUGCCUCAGUCUCCCCAGGGACCAAGCAGCCCUUUCAGGAGAAGCUCAACCCUGUGCUGGCUCACAGGUGUCCCCUGCAGUCCAUGUCCCCGAGUCUCGAGGGCACCUCAGCAGGCUCUCUGCUCCUGGGGGCUGUGCUCCUAGCUGCAUCCUCUAAGGUCUGGAAGCGCACCAGCCACUCUAACUACCUCAGCGCUCCUCAGAACCUCCACAUGGGUCACCCACCCCACCCCGACACAAGGCGAAAGAACGGCGCCCCUGGCCCCCGACAUCCCAGUGCUAUCUGACCCCAGCCCGAGCCAGGGUCCCUCCUGCAGCCCUACCGACGCCUGGCUCCCUGGCUGGACAACAGCCAGUUUGGCCCUGGAAGUGGACAUUCCUCUAUUACUGUGAAGUUUUAUUUAUGAAGAAUUUAGAGGGAGAAGGCUCCAGGCCUCAGGAGGUGACGGUGUUCUCCCGGCCCGCCCCUUCCUCUCCCUCACUCCAGCUGCCCCCAGCACCCAGGCCCCUGACAGCCCUCUCCAAGCCUGCCCUGCCCGCUUCUCCAGGGUCUGACAGACCAGCCUUUGCCCCUGUGAAGGGAUGGAUUGGAGCUCAUGGGUGGGUGCAGAAGGAUGCCACCCCCUACCUCAGGCUGGAGUCACCUGGUAAGGAUAGAGGGAUCGACUAUUUUGUCAAUAAAAUGGGACUGGUUUUUUUUCUGGUGUGAAGCUUCCUGUUGCCAGCUCCGUCAAAGGCCCUGCCUGGGGCCCAGGUUGCCAGAGGUUUCUGAAGACACAGCUUGUUCCUUGUUCUUGGCUGGUGGGUGCAAAAGGACUGAAGUCCCUUGAAGGGACUGAGAGGGAGGUGAGUGCUAGGAUUACAGUGGGGACAGGGGUAUGGCAAGAGAGACCUGUGAGCUAACAGGGCAUCUGGCUGGUGCCUGUGUCGUGGUGAACUGCUGAGCUCUGGCUCAAGCAUGGGCUGAUGCCUUCCCACCCCUGCCAAGGCCAGAGUUGGCCACAAGGCUAAUACUUCAGUGGGUGGGAUUCGGUGGGGUGCUGCAGAGUUUGGUGGGCUUCCUGACUUCCCUUACAGUCAAUUUGGAAGCAUUGAAAACAGGCUCCCUGGGGUUGGGGGUUACUGUCCUGUGCCAGGGCCCUUGGCCUGAGCUGUUUACCUCCGGCGGGGGGUGGGCAGCUACCCCAGGAUGAGAAUCACUGGGGCGGCAGCGAGCAAGCCAGCAGGUUCCUGCAUGCACCCAGCUCAGGGGCAUCCCAAAGGUGGGUCAGGUGCGUGCCCAUCCUGGGCCCAGCUGCCUGGUCCAAGCCCUGGGGAAGAAAGAGGGGACGAUGCUGCUGCUAUUUCCCCCAGCACGGUCUUCUCACAGUUUCCUCUUAGUCGACAUAAUUUGCAGAGCUCAGUACAAAAUGAAAAUACAGGACCCUGGUUCUAAAAAGGUAUUAAGAAUUUUAAGAUUACAAUAGCAGAGCAUGAAACCAAGUUCAGGGCAUUUCUGAGGGGCCCUGUUUGUUCAUCACUCACCCAUAGAAGCCAGGCCCUGCCAUGGACUACAGACAACAGAGGGGUCUGGGGCCACUGUUUCCCCAGAGCUCACAGUCCAGUGAUGAAAGGGACAGCCAAGGGACACCCAGGCAGAGGGAACAGCUUAUACAGAGGUCUGGAGGGAGGGAGGUGAGUGCAUUCUGAGCUGAGAGUAGGGAAGGGAGGGCUGUUCUCAGGCCUUCUGGGUUCAGGAGGGUGCUUGGACCUGAUCCUAAGAGCAGAGGGUCCAGGGACAAGGAGCAAGGGUGCUGGGUGUGUGCAAUCUGAGGGCACAAAGAGACCAGUGGUUUUUAGGCCCCUGCAGCCUUCCUUGGGCUCACUCCACCUGGCUCCAGCUGGGCCCAGUGGAUACAAAGGUCAUUCUGGAAGAUUCAGGCAUUUACAAUCUUGCUUCCUGGUAAUGAUGUAACAAUUAUCAUGUAUGGAACACUUUUGAUAUGCCUGGCACUGUGGUAAGCACUUAAUAUGUAUAACCGGUGUAACUCAGGGUGCAGAUAUGGUUACAUUUUAAUUUUUUUCAUUGAUUGCUCAAAUCCUCCAUGUACUCUUAUUGGCAGAAAAAUCCGAGGUUACCUUCUUGGACCCCACCCACUCUCAAACUGACCAAGAACCUCAGGGGUUUUUCCCUACUCCAAAGGGUGUUUUCUAGAACUGUGGUCCCCAACCCACAGGCCGCUGCCUGUUAGGGACUGCAGAGCUCCGCCCCUCCCCCCCCCCCACCUGCUGUGGAAAAAUUGUCUUCCAUGAAACCAGAACCUGUUGCCAAAAAGUUUGGGGACCGCUGCCCUAGAAAGUCUGAGCAGUCAUCUCCAGCUGUUCCCUCUCUCUCCACACAGUGGCGCUGUUGAACACGAGGCCUGCACAGGCCUGUGGUUUCUUAGGCGCUACCUUUGCUGCACAGGCUACAGUGGAGCCCAUGCUUCAGAAAGUUAUCCUUCUCUCCGUCACUCUCACAAGCUCGGUGAUCUGUCCCCAAAGAGCAGCAACAUGCUAGGGGUGCUGGGUCCUGUGGGUCCCAGUCAGCUACACAGUCUGCCAGUGAACCCACAAACUCACUCAGGUUCUCCCUGUCCUACUGAAGCAAUUUUCCCGGCCUUUCCAGACAGAUAAUUGUAGUUAGUCCCCAACCUGAUUUGGGGGAGUAGUUUGGGAGGGAUGGGUCUUAACUCUUUCCUCUUCAAAGGCCCUGACUUUGCAAAAUGGUUGGCCUUCUCCCCUGCAACCAGCUCUGCAUUCCAAGGGGCCUUGAAAAGGGGCAGUCUUUGUCAGGCUUAGAAAAGUCCUGUUCCACGCUUCCCUCGGGCAAUAGGUGCCUCCUUGGCCGCAUUUACAUAACUAAAGGAGACCACUCAAAGAAUUCUACUCUUCUCAAAGAAAGCCUGUUCUUAGGUGACUUGCUCUGUACACCUAAACUGAGAAGGAGCUGGGGGAAGCCUCUGGAAUCCUGUUAUACACGAAGUGCAAAGAAAGAAAUGGAGACCCCCAAGAGAAGGAUCCCACAGCUAUUGUGUGAGGGGCACGAUUUGAACUCUGUGCUCUGUGCUCCUAACUCCCACACCUUAAUGUUUCCUGAGAGCUUCCAGCCUCCCUUUUUCCUUAUAGUAUCUUAGUAGUAAAUAUGUGUUUGUUAUUUUUGUCCAAAAGUCCAGGGAAUGGGAAAAUGUUAUGUUCCAUGAGUGACUGAAAUUUUGG